AUGCAAGGUCGUCGAAUCUUCGAACCUUCUAAGGGGAAUUGGUCCUGGUUCCUCACUCGGAAAGAAAAGAAAAGAAAAAGCACACCCUCAUCUCUUCAGGGUUACAGAUCAACUUCGGGAUUAGCUUUCAGAUGCAAGCCACAGUUCCCAAUUCGGGUUGACCCGUUCCGAGUUCUAUUUCCACGGUCUCAUAUACAGUAUUUAUUUGUCGGGUCAAUCCAAGUGUCUGUCGCUGCAAUUGUUGAGCGAGGGAAUUGGGAGAAACCUAUCCAGCCAGCCAUGUUCCGUGCAGGGCGGUAG